AUGAAUCAAAAUAUAAUAGAUUGUGAUGCCGAGCGUGACGUAUGUGAGUGUAAGAGAGGCUCCACCCUCGCGAUACUCCGGGAGGUUCAGGUGGUUUAUGAAAAACGUCUGGCCCGGAUCGAAGAGGCCGGGGCCGGGAAUAAGACGCAGAUGCAAGUAGCCGUCCUGAAGUCGUGGGUGAGCGACCUCCUCGCUCAGAACACGUUGCUCGUGCAGGCUGUAGAGGAUCUGGAGACGGAGGCCACUUCCAAACUCUUGUAUGAACGUCGGAAACACGUUGAACGUUACAAGAAACAACCGUCUUGUAACAAUGCGACGGACUUGAAAGGUUCGAACGAGCGUCUGCAGAAUGAAGUUUUUGCAAAAGAGAGAGAGAUCCAGAAGCUGAACAAAGAUAUACAGCAGUGCGAAGAGAAGAUCUCGAAUCUCAGGAACGAGCUCUCCGUCAGCCAGUACCGCGUGCCGGAAAUACCGAAAAAAGACGCUGAAGUGAUGGCGCAGAUGUGUUACAUCGGAACUGAUGAUACACUGUCAAAUUCCAUUGGACCAGAAAAGAUUAGUGACUCAGAUCGUAAUUUUGAUACUGCAUCGGAUAUAUUGGUAAUUGAAAAAGUGGAUCCAGCUCUCGUGGUCAUUUCAGAUGUUUCACUAAAACAAACUGAGGAAAAUCUUUGCGAUUGCUUCCAAGAGUCAGAAAUGAUAAAGAAAGUUGAAAUAAAGGCAUCAAGUUCUGAACUAAUUCUACGAUGCGCACAUCAUGUUAAAAGUUUCCAGGAGAGUGCGGCGGACAGCAGUUCAUGUGGAGGAAGUGGACGAGCUGAGCGCCAUCAGCUACUGUCUACACAAGUUCUUGAGAAUAAAGAAGAAACGAUGAGGAUACAAAGCGAGAGUCUCGCCGUGGCCGAGGCCAGGAUCUCAGUGCUCACAACGAAACUGGCAGAUAUGAGGAGGGAAGUUGACAGGAAAGAGAUGGAGAUUCAAAGCCUUCGCAAAACAAUCGAAGAUAACAAAAUAGAGAAGAUCGGAAUUUCGAUCGACGCUCAAACUCAACUGGAAUUGGUAAAUCAGAAAAAUGUCGUCAAAACAUUGCAAGAUAAUUUGAGCGUCAUAGAGGAACUGUAUCGGGAGUGUUUCUAUGAGACAGCAAAACAGGAAGAUUUGAUUGAAAUGUUGAGAAAGUCGAUUUUAGAUAUAAGAAUGAUAGAAAGAGACAAAAGUAAUCAGAUCGACAAACUGCAGACCGUUGUGAAAACACAGCAGUGGUCCUUGGAUAAGUGUCAGGAUAUCGCGCUGGAAGUGGAAGCCCUGAAGCUGGAGAUAUCUAACUUUCUGCACGGCUCCAACAACGACUCGGGCAUGUGGGAGCGCAGUGACGCGUCCGUGGCCUCGGGGGUCGGCGAGGACCUGCAGGACAUCAUGGACCACCUCCUCAAGCUGAGGAACAUGCUCACAGGUGAUUGUAUAUGCGGACUGCAAGAUGAGAACGCAAGAUUGAAUGAGGUUAAUAAAAAUACACAGGAGGAAGUUAGGCAGCUCCGUAGACGGCUCAGUGACCUGGAGGUCGCCUUGGAAGAAGAAAAACAAUCUAGGAAGGAAUUGAAACAACUUAUAAGCCUGAAGGAGGACGAGUUAAACGUGAUGAAGUCACAAGUGUCGGCGAUGGGCGCGACGUCUCGGGACCAGAGCACGGCCUGCGACUCCAUGUCGGUGCAGCUGCAUCAGCUCCAAGUUAUGUUAGAAGACAAGACGGAAGAGUUACGGCGAGUGAGUCAGCAGCGUGACUGCUGUGAGCAGACCGCUGAGGGGCUGAGGGAGCAACUCCAGAAGACCGAUAGUGUCGCUAAGGAGAACAUGAACCUGCGCAUCGAAGUGUCGAGUCUAAUGAAGCAAGUGUCGCAGUGUCGCGGCGAGCUGGCGGACACCGCGAGCCGACACCGCGCGCUGCGGGACGAGCUGCGCCGCGCGGAGACACACAUACUACAUGUCGAUGAUAUUUUUAGGGCGCGCGCGCGGGACGCCUGCGUGCUGGAGGCGGAGCUGCAGGCGGCGAGCGCGGGGGCGGGGCGCGCGGCCGCCGCGCUGCGGGGCUGGCUCGCCCGCGCCGCCGCGCUGCACGCAGAACAAGAAAAUACAAUUAAAACGCAACAGACUAUAAUAUCAACUUUAAAAGAAAGAUUAAAAACGAAAGAGAAAGGAACACGAAGAGGCGGAGAAAGCGAAGCGAGCUGCUCAAAAUGUGCAAGUCAUAGAAUAACAGAGACUGCACUCGGUUCUGCGAGUUGUUAUUCUUCGAACGACGAAAAGAGACGAAUGCAUUGGGCCAGUACGAGUGGAAGUGAGAUGGCAAGCUGUUCGUCAGCCCCGGUUCCGCCAAAGAGGAUGCUUAGAAAACACACUUGUGAUGAGGCGGCGCAGUGCCCGGCGCGACGCCACGCCGCCACCGACACCCGCUCUGCGCACCGGGAACAUGACCUAUUGGAUGGCGCGGCGCUGGCGGGUCGCGUGCACGCGGUGGGCGCGGCGCUGGCGGCCCGGCGGCGCCGCUGGGCCCGCACGCCCGACGCCUGACGCACCGCCCCACCUUCCAUCGCGAACGUGACAAUCGCUGCUCAAGCUUCAUUAGAAGUUGUUGUCGCAUACAAUUAUUUCUAAGCUCACGACCAAAAUUAACAUUUAUUGCGCAGAAUAUUUGUGACGAUGUGCUAUGACAGUUUAGUGAAAUGUUUAACUACAAACAAUGUUAC